AUGAUGAUCCCCAGUGUUAUUGCACCACCUGCAAUAUAUUCAGCAUUCAUGCAUCCUGCAGCAUCGUUGCAUUCACCUUUCCCGGCUCACCCGAGCUUUCUGGUGGAGGAUCUCCUGCGCAUCAACAGACCCAGCGGUUACCUGAACCAGGACGCGCACUCGCCAUGCGCCUCUCCUCCUGCUUCAACACCUCUUUCCAUCCCGGAUAACUUCAGGCUAUUGGACAGAGUCAGCCUCAGCAUCACGGAGAAACAUGGAUCUUGCUCCCCAAAAACGCCCGUGUCUAGCAAGGAUCCAACCUACCUCAAGUUUGGGGUGAGUGCCAUCUUGGCACCGUCACCAAAGAAAGCCACAUCUCCACCGUCCGUUCACGGCAUGCUUCCCAAAGCAUUCUCGGUGCCUUAUUUUGAUGGUUCAUUCUGCCCUUUCGUCCGUUCCUCAUACUUCCCUGCUCCUGCAUCUGUUGUACCCAUUCCUGGAACUUUUUCCUGGCCUCUUGCUGCGAGAGGGAAGCCCAGAAGAGGGAUGCUCCGCCGGGCAGUGUUUUCUGAUGUGCAGCGCAAAGCUCUGGAGAAAAUGUUCCAAAAGCAAAAAUACAUCAGUAAGCCAGAUAGGAAAAAACUCGCAGGGAAACUCGGACUAAAAGAUUCACAGGUCAAAAUCUGGUUCCAGAACCGGCGAAUGAAAUGGAGAAACUCCAAGGAGAGGGAGCUGCUGUCUUCCGGCGGUUGCCGAGAACAAACCCUGCCAACCAAAACAAAUCCUCACCCAGAUCUCAGCGACGUGGUUAAAAAGUCUUCUGAGGAUGAGGAAGAUGAAGAUGACGCUUGCGCUACAUCACAUUUCUGUCAACUUUCAAACAGCACUGAUUCCAGCAUUUCAUUCAAACACUCGGACUUUUCUGAAUCAGAGGAUGAAAUAACAGUUUCAUAAGCUAC